GCCGGGGGCUGCGGGGAGGGGACGCUUCCCGCGGGUGCGCGGAGCUAGGACGGUGACAGCCACGCGCGCACGUGCGCGCCUGGCUGGAGAGCGGCCCCUGAGACCUCUGUUGGCCGCUGAGAGGCGCGCGGGGUCUGGGCAGCCGCCGUCUAGGGCCCCCGUCCCUGGGCGUCCCCAACGUUCCCAGCCCGAGUCCCGGCGAGAGCCGGGCGGUGCCCGCCUUGUCUGUCCCUGAUCGCGAUCUCUCCCCGCGGCCAUCAGGGUCCGCCCCCCAACUCCCCUUUCCGUUCCCAGGGCACGGUCCUCGCGGCCCAUGCUGGCCGCUGGGGGCCCGCGCCGCUCAGACAGCUCCCGGGCCGGCCGGCCGGCCACCAUGGUGGCCCUGAGGCCUGUGCGGCUUCUCCAGGGAGGCUAAAAGGUCCAGAGUGCAGGCCCCGGGGCCCCAGGUUCCCGGGCCUGAGCCCCACGCCAUGGCCGGGGCCAUCGCUUCCCGAAUGAGCUUCAGCUCUCUCAAGAGGAAGCAGCCCAAGACGUUCACCGUGCGGAUCGUCACUAUGGACGCGGAGAUGGAGUUCAAUUGCGAGAUGAAGUGGAAGGGGAAGGACCUCUUUGACUUGGUGUGCCGGACCCUGGGGCUUCGGGAAACCUGGUUCUUUGGCCUGCAGUACACGAUCAAGGACACCGUGGCCUGGCUCAAGAUGGACAAGAAGGUGCUGGAUCAUGAUGUUUCAAAGGAAGAACCAGUCACCUUUCACUUCCUGGCCAAAUUUUAUCCUGAGAAUGCUGAGGAGGAGCUGGUUCAGGAGAUCACGCAACACCUAUUCUUCUUGCAGGUAAAGAAGCAGAUUUUAGAUGAAAAGAUCUACUGCCCUCCCGAGGCUUCGGUGCUCCUGGCUUCUUACGCCGUGCAGGCCAAGUACGGCGACUACGACCCCUCUGUUCACAAGCGGGGAUUUUUGGCCCAAGAGGAACUGCUUCCAAAAAGGGUAAUAAAUCUGUAUCAAAUGACUCCAGAAAUGUGGGAGGAGAGAAUUACAGCCUGGUAUGCAGAGCACCGAGGCCGAGCCAGGGACGAAGCGGAAAUGGAAUAUUUGAAGAUCGCUCAGGACCUGGAGAUGUACGGUGUGAACUACUUUACAAUCCGGAAUAAAAAGGGCACGGAGCUGCUGCUUGGAGUGGAUGCUUUGGGGCUUCAUAUUUAUGACCCUGAGAACAGGCUGACCCCCAAGAUCUCCUUCCCAUGGAAUGAAAUCCGAAACAUCUCGUACAGCGACAAGGAGUUUACUAUUAAGCCCUUGGAUAAGAAAAUUGAUGUCUUCAAAUUUAACUCCUCAAAGCUUCGUGUUAAUAAGCUGAUUCUCCAGCUGUGUAUCGGAAACCACGACCUUUUUAUGAGGAGGAGGAAGGCUGAUUCUUUGGAAGUUCAGCAGAUGAAAGCCCAGGCCAGGGAGGAGAAGGCCAGAAAGCAGAUGGAGCGGCAGCGCCUCGCUCGAGAGAAGCAGAUGAGGGAGGAGGCCGAACGCACAAGGGAUGAGCUGGAGAGGAGGCUGCUGCAGAUGAAGGAGGAGGCGACGAUGGCCAACGAAGCCCUGAUGCGGUCCGAGGAGACAGCCGACCUGUUGGCAGAAAAGGCCCAGAUCACUGAGGAGGAGGCGAAGCUCCUGGCCCAGAAGGCAGCAGAGGCCGAACAGGAGAUGCAGCGGAUCAAAGCCACAGCCAUCCGGACAGAGGAAGAGAAGCGCCUGAUGGAGCAGAAGGUGCUGGAGGCCGAGGUGCUGGCGCUGAAGAUGGCUGAGGAGUCAGAGAGGAGGGCCAAGGAGGCCGAUCAGCUGAAGCAGGACCUGCAGGAAGCCCGUGAGGCAGAGCGAAGAGCCAAGCAGAAGCUUCUGGAAAUCACCACCAAGCCCACGUAUCCGCCGAUGAACCCCAUCCCAGCACCGUUGCCUUCUGACAUACCAAGCUUCAACCUCAUUGGUGACAGCCUGUCUUUCGACUUCAAGGAUACGGACAUGAAGCGGCUUUCCAUGGAGAUAGAGAAAGAAAAAGUGGAGUAUAUGGAGAAGAGCAAGCAUCUGCAGGAACAGCUCAAUGAACUCAAGACAGAGAUCGAGGCCUUGAAACUCAAAGAGAGGGAGACAGCCCUGGAUAUUCUGCACAACGAGAACUCUGACCGGGGUGGCACCAGCAGCAAGCACAAUACCAUUAAAAAGCCUCAAGCCCAAGGCAGAAGACCUAUCUGCAUUUGAGCCCUCAAACUCACGUUGCAGAGCGCCAAGUCCCGAGUGGCCUUCUUUGAAGAGCUCUAGCAGGUGACCCGGCCACUCCAGGAUCGGCCACUUCCGCUCCGGCACAGGCGGGAUGGGUCAGACAUGGCGGGAGCUGGCCGGGAGUUUCCACCGGGAGCUCUGGAACUUCCUCCAGCUGAGCAGAGAGCCCAACCCCCUUCAUGUGCAAUUGCCUUGAACUACGACCCUGCAGAGAUUGCUCUCAUGGUUCUAGUUCUCCUGACCUGAGUCUUUUAAUUUUUUUUUUUUAAGAAGUCUUUCCUCUGAUGUCCGAUGUAGGGUCCCAUCCUUCCUCCAAAGCACUCUGGGGGAUGCAUCUUCUGUCUGCUGUUGACCUCCCCAGCUCGGGUUCGGACGUGGCUGUAGGGGGUGAAGUACAUAGGCCCCCUGGAGACCAGGAGGCUGGUGCCCUUCCCCUUCACCACCAAGGGUUCCAGAACAUUUAUCUCCUUCACUGGUGAGAACUGGCACAGGAAGAAGCAUGGCCCACCGAGCCCAGGCCCAGAGCGGCCUGCCCGCUGCAUGUCAUCGGGAGCUCGCCCACAGCUUAUGGUGAGCCAGGCCAUGGGUCCUCAGCCCAGGCAGCUCCAAGGCAGCGCCCUGGCUGCCAGCUAGUUGGGAAUGGGAAAGGCAGUCGUGCCUGCUGAAGACCGGGCAGAAGCUGUGGUGAAGGGCUGGCUGCCAACAGAGCCAUGCAGGAACCUGCACCCUACAGAGCACUCACUGCCUUUGUUCUGCUACCCCAGACCAAGGUCUGAGAGGCAGGCCGGGCCCUCUCCAACCAUAGCCUCUCCUGCAUGUGGCUGGUGGGGGGCUCUCCAUCACUCCAGGCAGCACCUGGAGCUCCACCAUGACAAGGGGUCUGCACGGGGGCUCUGAGGCCGUGGGGGUACUUGUCACUGGCCUGAACACCCAGCUCCGCUGGUCCCAGUCUGCGCUGUUGCUCGGAAUCAUCUUUCCUCCUGGCCACAUGCCAGCAAGGCCCUCCUAACCCACGACUGUACCUGGGCUGUUGCCCUCAUCUCUUUGAGGGCAAGUGGCGUCAGAUGCAGGUGACCCCUCCCAGUCAGGCUCUGCACCUACUGGCACGUGACCCCCGCCAUGCUGGGAGGGGCCACUUCCCAGGUCCCAGAGCCAGCCCACGGCCCACACACUCCUUGGUUGGGGGGCCGCUUCCCUGUGUUUUCUUCCUCCUUGGCUGGUGGUGCUACUGUGACCCACCGGGCUGUUCACAUCCUUCUGAUGGGGCUGCUAUGCAGAGCCAGGGGAUAAGCCAGAACCAGUGAAAAGACACUUAUUAAAUGAAGCGCUUGAGAGCAGAGGUGGUCUCUGGCAAUCCUCUGUGGUUAUGAGAACAUGAGAAGCUCACAGAGAUCCUACCUUUUUUCCAUGGCCAAUCUGACCUAGCAGUGUCUUGGGCUGGCCACCUUGCCUGGAGGAAGCCAGUUCUAUGUCACCCUAGCCCCUUAGGACAUGCAGGGUAGGACUCUCAAUCUGGACACUAAGCAUGAAUGGCUGUGUCUGGAAGGUUCCCAUGUGUCUCCCUGUCCCUCCAAGUCCUUCUCUUCCCUGAUCUACAGUCCUGGCGGGGUCCUCCAGCAUUUGUAAUGUAAGGUCUGACCAUUGAGAGGCUGUCUCCUCAGGCUCACCUCCCCUCCCUGACCUGCAAGGUUAUAACAGUGGCAGUGGACACAGCAUAGUGGUCACUCAUAAAGACAUCAGGCUUUUUUUUCUUUUUUCUUUUUUUUUUUUAAACUGCUGUGUAUAUGUCUGAAGUCUGGGAAAUGCCACGCCACGUGGCCACAGGGGAACUGGCUGGUGUCUGAGCCGUGGAGGAGGGCCAGCUGAGCCCUGCUCCACCAGGGCCACUUCAGCUCUCCCUGGAGAUGAGAGCCAGCAGGUGCCUCCCAGAGAUGAACAGGCGGAGAGAAUGGCAGCCCUCAGAAAGGUCACCAGUGGAAGGAGAAGGGAUGAAAGAAGAGCUUGGUUUUCAGAGUCAUGUGCCUGGGGCCGAGGUGACUGUGAUUUGUGAGGACUUUAGGGCCUGGGAGCUUCUCAAGUAGGAAGCCUCUGACCUCCACUGAGAGUGGGGCCCUGUCCCUGAUGUUCCAUUAGAAGCGCUUCUGGCUGUCUUUGGCAUGACAUUCAGCAAGGCAGCACGGUCGGCCCUUGGUGGUUCCACACAGGCCACCUUGUGAUCCCAACUGUGGCCCCACCUCAGCCUCGGCGGCUCUGACCUGUGGUGUUCACGCAGUUAGUCACUUGCCCACCAGGCCCUACCGGGCAGCAGCCUGUGGCUGCCCAGAGUGACUGCAUUCUGAAAUCUUGGGGAUAGGUUUCUCCUCUCUCUCCUCUUUCAAAUCAAAACAGCAAGUCCUGAGGCUGACCGCAGGCAACAGUGACUAGGCGUACCUUGCUGACAGGGCUGGGGACCCAGAGGGCGCGCCUUGGUGGGAAGAUGACCUCUCCUGACCGCCCUGGGGCCAGGCUGACCCCUCCGAGCUUCCAGGGGAGCUCCAUCCUUUUUCAAAGACGUCACACUGCCCUUCCUCUUGUCAGGGCCAGACAAGGGAAGGCUGUUUUCUAUCCUGGGGGGGUUGUUGUAAUUUAAAUGAUUGUUUUAAUAAAAAUUCUAAGCUAUAAAAA